CACCGUCCAUUGCCUUUUGGGUUAUCGUGUCCACCAUCCGAUCCGUGGAGAUCAGAGAUGGAGGGCACGCCGACGACCGCCGCACAUCGGUUCGGACAGAUCCCGCCGCAGCCGCCGCCGAAUCCACGCGGGGGCACCGUUGCCGGAGCCCACCGGCGGGCUCUCUCCGAGACAUUCCUCCACCUUCCCGACGACCUCCUCUUCGACGCAGAUCCCGACUGCGGCAUCUCCGACAUCGACUUCCCCUCGCUGUCCGACGACAACGUCUCCGGCGGUGGCGACAUAGGAGGAUGCCCGGCGCCCCUCGCGGUGGCCCCGUCCGGGAGGCCCGUCCCGGGGACCCACCUUAGGAGCCUGUCGGUGGACAACGCGCUCUUCGAGGGGAUGGGGUUCCAGGCCGGAGCGGCAGCCGGCGGCGGCGGUGGAGGAGCGCAGGAAAGGAGAGGACACCACAGGCGGAGCGGAUCGAUGGACGGGUCCAUCUCGCCGUUUGAGGGGGAGUCGGCGCCGCCGCUGUCAGACUACGCGAAGAAGGCCAUGACGGCUGAUAAGCUCGCGGAGCUGUCGCUGCUCGAUCCCAGAAGAGCAAAAAGGAUUCUUGCGAACAGGCAAUCCGCUGCACGAUCGAAGGAAAGGAAGGUCCGUUACACCAGUGAACUUGAACGGAAGGUGCAAACACUUCAGACUGAAGCAACCACUCUUUCUGCACAGCUCACGCUUUUACAGAGAGAUACUACUGAUUUGACUGCUGAGAACAGGGAACUCAAGUUGCGCUUGCAGGCCAUGGAGCAACAAGCUCAACUUCGUGAUGCUUUGAACGAGGCUUUGAGGGAAGAAGUGCAACGGCUUAAAAUAGCAACUGGUCAGCUUCCAAAUACGAAUGGAAAUCGUUUUAACGGAGGGAUUCAGCAAUCUGUACCAAACGACUACUCUCAGCCACAGCAGUUGCGUCCCCCAAGUGGGCGUCAAGUUCAGCAUCUGCAUCCAUCUCAAAUGUCUUCCAAUGGCCAGUCACUUAAUGUCCAUUCCCCAGGUGAUCCCAUGGACUUCAUGUGAUAGCAAACUCCAUGACAUAGAUGGAUCUCAAGUAAGAUAAAUUAAAGGUUAUUUAUGCUGAAUGUAUCUCGUAGUACUUCCUUUAGGGAAUUGUUGUUCUUUGUACCGUCAAGCAAAAUAUUGAUAUGAACAGUAUGCUGGUCGCUAUUAUUCUGUAUAGAGCUGAUAGGGAGAUUCAUAUCCACAUGAUGAUCUCUUAUUUAUUUGUUUCUCCAUUGGAAUGUGUAACACUGUUGUUGGUUAAUGGAAUGAUUUCAAUCUGCCUUCA